AAACGCUGCGUUUCGAUGGAGAACAUGUAUUUAGCAGCGAAUGGUCAAGAACUCAUCUUUCUUAUCUCUUCAUUCGUCACACUGAUGGCUUCAGUGGUACUCGGAACACUACCAAUGGCCUCACAGUCACUGAAGCUCUCUCCUUCACUAUCCUUCUCUCACUCUCAAUCCUCUGUUGGCAUCUCUGUCCCAACUUCUUCAAUUUCACUCUCCACCUCUGCAUCGCUUCCACUAAUUUACUGUGGCAGAGGUGACAAGAAGACCGCCAAAGGAAAGCGCUUCAACCACUCAUUCGGAAAUGCGAGGCCCCGGAACAAGAAUAAGGGGAGAGGCCCUCCCAGGGUUUCGGUUCCUCCGGCGCCGCCAAAGAAAGACCGUUUUGAUGACGAUGAGGUGGUGAAGAUCGACAUUGAUGAGUCUCUGUUCUAGUUUAAUCUAUGGAGAGCUCAAUUUGGUUGGCAAUGUAAUUUCUGAUCUCUAUAUUACUUUUGUUGUUACAAGUUGUGCUUUUGCGUAUUCGUAAUUGCAAAUCAUUACUGCAAUUUGUUUGUAAUGUCUUCCCUGUGAAUCUGCGCAUUGGGUUUUUUCAUCUUAA